AACAGUCGGUGCGCAACCAUCUUGUCAAAACUGGAGUCGGACACAAAUAAAUAUUAUAAAAUGUCCUAAAUCGCUCGUAAUGACAUAACAUUAUCUUCGUAUUUAGUAAAGUAUUGUGUUUAGUUUACGUUGGUGUUGUUUUCAACGCGGUUAUUAUACAUUUUGCUCAAUAUUUCGAGUUUUGUGUUGCGUCAAAUGACGUCAUGUAUGUGAUUAUUAAACACGUAUCGUGGCUGUCGAGUUUGUAGUGAACCAUGUUAGAGCAGGACGGCGACAGCGAGCCGGCGCACCACGCGCGCCGGCCGAUGAACGCGUUCCUCAUCUUCUGCAAACGUCACCGGAGCGUCGUGCGCGACAAAUACCCUAACCUUGAGAACAGAUCCAUCACGAAGAUUCUUGGAGAAUGGUGGGCCAAUUUGGAUAAAGAAGAGAAAGCCUGCUACACAGGUCUUGCUAAACAGUACAAAGACGCUUUCUUCAGCGCCAACCCUGACUUCAAAUGGUACAAGCUCCCCGCCCCGCCGCUCCGCACCCACACCUCCCGACCCAGAGAGACCAACGAAAAGGCAAGUGACUCCCCCGAAAUAGAAUAUCACGAGGUCGAGCCAGAGAAAACCAACAACAACUCUACCAAGGUCGACCUCAACAAGAAGCCUAUCGACAAUGCCUUCGAAACCGACUCUAAAACCCUAUCCAUGUUCACUCCCGGAAAACUGGCCGACGAAGCCCAAAUGGGAGGCCUGAGCAGCCUCCUAGCCGCCAAGACUGAAAACAAAACUCCAAAUCCUUACUACUCACCUCCUUCUUAUAAAAUAAACACGAUCUCAAACGACAGAUCUCAUACUAUUAUAGAGGCAGAGAUGAAAGGUUUCACCCGAGAAGAGAUGCUACAAGAUGCACUCUCGGAAACAUCUAAGAUUUUCGAAGAGUUCGAUGAACAAAAAGGUCGCCUUUAUUACAGCGCCACCAACGACCAACUUACUAAUCAGGACGUCAUCGAUCAGAUUGUUGAAAAACGGUACUCUAGGGACGACGAGUACAGCUACCAGCAACAUUGGUCCGAAGACGAAAAGAACAUGAGAUCUGACAGAUCGUGCAAAGGGAAGAGGUACCAGGAAUUCAUGGCUGGAGGUGGACUGAUAGUUAACAAGAGGCAGAAGAGAGAUUACUCCGACAAAAUGCCAGACGAAAAUUACAACGCCUCAUGUAGUUGGGAGCCUGGUAAUCCGCGCAGCGAUGAGUUCGUAGCUUACGAUACGAAACAAACUAUGUCACCUAACGAAACACCGGCCGAAAGCGAAUUUAAACCCGACGAAACCGAAGCACCCAAAGCUGACAAUAACUUAAACAAACCUUUUAAGGCUGCAGAUUUUGAUUUAGACGCGAAAAUUAAAGCGUUACCCUCACUUAGUUUAGAAAAGUUCCAGCAAAAGAAACGCGAGAACAAACGCAAGAAGAAAACUAACAAUUUGAAACCGAAAACGUUUGAGAGCUCUCACAUAGUCAACUCGGUUCCUAGGCCUUACCCAAUCGACCGGUGGGAGACGGCCGAGUCCUGGCGCCAAAACGUCAUAGGCAGUCAGAAACGGAAACCGAGGAAAAUCAGCAUCACAAGGCUCGAGAUUAACAGUUUAAUUUCAAGCGUAGAUUUAAAGGAAGCUCAUAACAUCAGCCCUGAAUUCAAGAUCGCCACGGAAGCGCCUUGCGGCGUCCAAAACCUGGAGAUGCGUAAAUCUCCUGGCAACGUUGACUUGCUGGCGCUGGCCACGCUGGCCGAAGUCGCCGCGAGCACGUCCAAAAUAGAAGAGGCGUCCAUCGAAAACAUGAUGGUCGCCAACCAGGGCGAACACGCUUCCAAGGUAUAACAUACCAACACCACUAGCCUUAAAAAGAUAUUCCAAAAAUUAUUUACUUUAUAAUCAGAUAAUAUUUAUAUAUAGAUCUACUUUUACAUACGCAUAAAGAUUAAUAUUAUUGUACACUUUUAAUUGUAGUUUUUAUAAAGUAGAUUAUAGAUUUUAUUUAUAUGGAAAUAAAAAUCUAUAUAUGUAUACUUUAGUUGAGUACGGCGUUUAGGCUGCUACGUUCUGCUUUAUUAGGAAUAAAGGGUGAUAGAUAGGUAAUUAUUGAUAUCACACAAAAUAAAAAAGAAGGCAUAAUCUUACAUGUUUUAAGGAAUACAAAAGUAAUCCCCAAGAUGGAGUAUAUUUAUGAAAUAACACGUUCCGAGACAAAACGUGAUUUUUCUAAACGGAGCGUGGUGUUUUCACGUAUUCAUCACAAUUUACUAUAAGUUAUGAAUGCCAAACAUAAGUCAUUAUGUAAGUAUAUACAACCUCAUUUGUUUUCAUAUAACAUUAGUUUAUUUAAAUCGCCUUAAUUUAGAUUUAAAAAUGAAUACCAAGACACCACAUGCAUAGACUGCAUUGCAUUUUUAAAGGGUGUUAAAUUUCGGUUAGCACGUCGUGCAGGUUUCAGAAAUUUAUUUUUUAUACAGACGAUUU